AAAAAAGUUCGAAAAUUUCCGCUUGCACUCGUGUUUAGUUGUGAUUUUUUCAAUAAAUCAGCGUUAACAAUAAAAUAAAUAUAUUUUACUGUUUUUAUUUUCAAACAUCUUUGAGUACUACUUUAGAAAAGGCCUUUUAUGAGAUGGAAUAGUGUGUAAGAAUGGGAAAGUAACAAGCAGCACACAAUUUGCGCUUACAGUGCGGAGCUUUCUACACACUUACACAGGAGUUUGCGUGGGUAUAAAAGUGCAAAAGUUUUAUGAUUUCUGGAUGAAGUAAUUUUCUCAUACUUGUUGUGUACUGGGGAGCUGUUAUAUCUUGACCUGGGUCACUGCUGAAUCGAAAAAAUAGGAUAACGCCAGCUUACAAGAUGGCCGACUGUUAUUCGUAAGUUUGGUGCUUUUAGAUAAUGUCUGGUGCAUCUGGUUCAUCAGGAAGUGGCACAGGACGUGGUCGGGGUGGAGCAGGCUCAAGUAACUUGGUCACCGACAGCAAACCAGACUCAAAAGAAAAUAAACCCAACCCGAAAAUGUCAAAGGCACUUGGCACCUCAGCAAAGAGGAUUCAGAAAGAGCUUGCAGAGAUAACUUUAGAUCCACCACCUAAUUGCAGUGCUGGACCAAAGGGUGACAACCUGUAUGAAUGGGUUUCCACUAUAUUAGGACCACCUGGCUCCGUAUAUGAGGGGGGUGUUUUCUUCCUUGACAUACAUUUUUCGCCGGAGUAUCCUUUCAAGCCUCCCAAGGUAACAUUCCGAACUAGGAUAUAUCAUUGUAACAUCAACAGCCAAGGUGUGAUAUGCUUAGAUAUAUUAAAGGACAACUGGUCUCCUGCACUUACAAUAUCAAAAGUUCUACUUUCCAUUUGUUCUCUGCUUACGGAUUGCAAUCCAGCGGAUCCAUUAGUGGGCAGCAUUGCAACACAAUAUCUGCAGAAUAGAGAGGAGCAUGAUCGCAUUGCACGCCUCUGGACCAAGCGUUAUGCGACAUGAUUGCACUGCCCCUCCACUCCAGCCAAGGAACAACUUAAAGUAUCAUACUCAAUACCAUUCUGUUUUAAAUCCAUCCUGUUCACAUAAAUAAUAAGCUUAAAAUGUUAUUUAAAAUAUCUAAACAACAGUAACAUUUUUGCAUUGUGACCAAGAAUUUUGUGAUCAUUUCAGUAACUUCUUCAAGCUGUCAAGUUUGAAUUUAAGCUGCAGAAAAUGCAUGUUGUAUCUUAUGGCUUCUUAAUAUUUAGUUGCAAUUAAUGUGAUGUUGAUAAGCUUGUGGUGGU